AUGUCGACUACUGCCAACACCAAUAAUAAUAAUAAAUACAUCAAUGAUAGCUUGGCUGUGCAAUACAGACACAGACCAGCAAAGAAGUUGGAUAUAAAUCCAAGUCAAGGUUUAUUAACAAAUAGUUUGCCAAUGGCUGCAAUGUUUAUGCGUAAUAAGUUUCUAGCUUGGUUUUCCUUGUUCACUACAUGGCAUUAUUUUUUAACCACUCCAAGUAUUAGUACUAAAGAUACUAAAAAUCCACAAGACGCUACUAGUUUUAAGUUAGUUGCUAGUAUUGUUUCCAUUGUUGUUUGUUACAUGGACAUGUUGUUCAUUCCAAAGGGUAGUGGUAAUGCCAAACAACCUGAUGUCGCUGUUGGAUCUAAAUAG